CCCGACUUGGCGAAAACUGCCGGUGGUGGCAGUCCGUCUUUGAGUGAGGCAUGCUUUUCUGCUUACUCCUUCUUUCCUUUCAGUAGAUUCAGCAGAUUGCUGUCCGGCGAAUUAUUUUUCGGUGAAAAGUUACACCCCAAAAAAGAAUACGGAUUUGGAUACGCUGUGAAGAUGCAAAUCUUCGUGAAAACCCUCACGGGCAAGACCAUCACUCUUGAGGUCGAGCCUAGUGACACGAUCGAGAAUGUCAAGGCAAAAAUCCAGGACAAGGAAGGAAUCCCCCCAGAUCAGCAGAGGCUUAUCUUUGCCGGAAAGCAGCUCGAGGAUGGGAGGACGUUGAGCGAUUAUAACAUCCAAAAAGAGUCCACCCUUCAUCUCGUCCUCCGCCUCAGAGGGGGGGCGAAGAAAAGGAAGAAGAAAAAUUACACGACUCCUAAGAAAAUUAAACAUAAGAAGAAGAAGGUUAAGUUGCCCGUUCUUAAGUACUACAAGGUUGACGAAAACGGAAAGAUCCACCGUUUGAGAAGAGAGUGCCCUAGCGAAUCCUGUGGAGCUGGAAUUUUUAUGGCUUCAAUGGAAGACCGACAUUAUUGUGGGAAAUGCGGGGCGACUUAUGUUUAUAACGCAUAAAAGGUGUAGUUAAACUUUUUGAGAAACUUUCAAAAUAAAUCUUGAGUAAGUUCUAUUCGAGGAA